GAAUAAGUUGUUAUACAAGUAAUGUGUACCAAAUCGACAUUUCUGUACAGAAGACUGUAAAAUCAAAGAUAUUGCAAUGACUUAUCCAUUAAUUGUAAAAGGUAUGGAUGAAAGUUUUAUCAUCAGAAGAAGCGACGACUCGAAACAGCUGGAAGAAUGUCGUAUUUGCCUUAAAAAAGAAGCUGAUAUUCCAAUAUUUGGGAUCAGAGGGCAAGCGGAUCUGUCAUUAGAUAUUAUGAAUUUCGGGGGCAUCAAUUUAGGACAGGAUGACGGAUUUCCUCAGUAUUUAUGUAUGCCCUGUUACAAAUUGCUUGAAAACGCUGUGUUGUUUAGGGAGACAGCUAAACACAAUGAUAUUGUGCUUAAAUUGAAGAAAAAGGGGCUCCAAGUAAAUAAUAAUACAGGUACCAAUAGUAUUAAGUCUGUAAAAUUAGAAGAGCCCUGGAUUGAGUCAAAGGACCCUAUAGAGGUUCAAAGUAAAAAAGACGACAGUAAGAAUGCCAUAGAAUUUAAAUACAACAUAAAAAUAGAUAAAGUAGAAGUUGAUGGCUUGCUUGGCCAAAAUAGCAACUUAAAACCAGAACUUAAUUUGGAUAGCACCACCAUACUUGCUGACCCAAAUGUUCAAUUUAAUUGCCUUGUAUGCAAGGAGAGUUAUAAAACAAUUCUGGAAUUUGAAAGUCAUAUUGCAUCCAAGGAGCAUAAAUUAAGAAAAGAAAAAAAUAAAACUUACAAGAACAAUGAAAACUAUUGUGCAAUUUGUAACUUGACGCUUACAAGAAACAAGUACGUUGAGCAUAUGAGUAAAAUACAUACUGAGAGUUUAAAUAAGGUUAAUAAAGACAGAAUAGAAUGCAAGAUCUGCAAAAAAAAUCUACAUCCUGAUUAUUUGCGUGUUCACAUGAAAAUGCAACACGGAGAGAGAGCAAAGUUGAAACCUAAAACAAAAAUUCAAUGUCCUAUUUGUAACCAACUUUAUGCACAGCAUUAUUAUAAACAGCAUUGUAAGCUGCAGCACUCUACAGAUGCAAAUAUGGGGUAUAUGUGUGACCAAUGCGGGAAGAUGUUUACUUAUCUAUAUAAGUUAAAUAUUCAUCGUGUCACUCAUACAAAGGCACUUCCAUUCAAAUGUAGUUACUGCCCUUACAGAGGACGUAAUAAAGAAUUGCUUAAGAUUCAUGUGAGGACUCAUACGGGAGACUAUCCAUAUAAAUGCACAGAAUGCAAUGUACGAUGUAUAACUAAAAGCAAUCUCAAUAGCCAUAUGAAACGACAUAGAGGACCAGUUGAUUUCUUAUGUGAUAACUGCAGCAGAGGGUUUUAC